CUUCCGUCUCCGGUGUCAUGGCGGCCUCCACCCCUGAAGGCAUGACGGAGACCCAGGACGGGAAAAGACGGCAGUUCGGGAACCGGUUCCUGAGCGAUCCGGCGCGCAUCUUCCACUACAAUGCAUGGGACAAUGUGGAGUGGUCAGGGGAGCAGGCCGCGGAGGCGGAGAGGAAAGUGCAGGAGAACAGUUCCCAGCGGGUGUGCCCGGAGAAGCAAGUUGAUUAUGAAGUCAAUGCCCAUAAAUACUGGAAUGACUUCUACAAAAUUCAUGAAAAUGGAUUUUUCAAGGAUCGACACUGGCUUUUUACCGAAUUCCCUGAACUGGCACCCAGUCACAAUCCCCUGACGGACUUACCCCUGGACAGCGAGAAGAGUGAGGUCUCUAAAGACAGAAGCGGUGAGGACGGCCCUGGCUUAACCACAGAGCGGCACGGGUGUUCUUGGACCAGCCGUGGAUGUGACACUCAGGGGCCUCCUGUGGAAGAGACUGUGACUCAGGAGCUCAGUCACCUAGAAAUCUGUGGUGAUGGAUUUCCUGGGUCCUCUGCCACCUACCGAAUCCUUGAGGUUGGGUGUGGUGUAGGAAACACAGUCUUCCCAAUUCUACAGACUAACAACAACCCAAACCUCUUUGUUUACUGUUGUGAUUUUUCUGCCACGGCUAUUGAACUGGUCAAGACAAAUUCAGAAUAUGAUCCUUCUCGAUGUUUUGCCUUUGUUCAUGAUCUGUGCGAUGAAGAUCAAAGUUACCCAGUGCCCGAGGGCAGUCUUGAUGUUGUCGUCCUUAUAUUUGUCCUCUCAGCAAUCGUUCCAGACAAGAUGCAGAAGGCUAUCAGCAGGCUCAGCCAGCUCCUGAAGCCUGGAGGGGUGAUGCUUCUUCGAGACUAUGGCCGCUAUGACAUGGCUCAGCUUCGAUUUAAAAAAGGUCAGUGUCUCUCUGGAAAUUUCUAUGUGAGAGGUGAUGGCACCAGAGUUUACUUCUUCACACAAGAUGAGCUGCACGCGCUCUUCACCACUGCGGGUCUGGAAAAGGUGCAGAACCUGGUGGAUCGCCGCUUGCAGGUGAACCGAGGCAAACAGCUGACCAUGUACCGAGUCUGGAUUCAGUGCAAAUACAGCAAGCCUCUCCUGCCAGGUGUCAACAAAGAGGUGCCCGUGCCCCACACCACAUGACGUCAUCGUGUGUCAGGGCUUUUGUAAGGAGACAUUUGUAAAUUUUGGCCACUUGAUGUUGGACAGUCUGGGAAUCCAAGGAGCUUGGAACCUUGAACCUGGGAACAACUACUUUUUAGUACAUUGACAAUUGUUUUUACUUGUGAAGUCCAUUAAUAUAUAUUUUCUCAAAUUCACUUUUGAUUACUGUUGUUUAGUGGAGGCAAUGCUGCGGUAAACGUGAGGGGUUCAGGGACUGCUGCUGCCGUCGGUUCUCUCCUUCAUGUUGGUCCUGGGGUUCAGACUCAGGCGUGGCUGCAAACACCCAUGAACUUUCUCACCAGCCCUCAAUUUUAUUUUUUUUUAAUUAUUCCAUAUACAGUGUUCUGUCUGCACAUGUGCCUGCAGGCCAGUAGAGGGCACCAGAUCUCACUACAGAUGGAUGAGAGCCACCAUGUGGUUGCUGGGAAUUGAACUCAGGUCCUCUGGACGAGCAGCCAGUGCUCUUAACCUCUGAGCCAUCUCUCUAGCCCUAGGCUCUCAGAAUUUUAAUACCUAGAAUUUUACAUCAUUUUACACUCUGCAAUCAAAAAUGACCUUGAACUUUAGAUCCUGAGUGCUAAGGUUUGCCAGCAUGUGUGUUUUAUGAGUUAAGAAUAACCACCCCCUCCCCCCCAAAAAAAUAAGAAUAAAAACCAAGGGACUGGAGAGAUGACCUGAUGGUUAAGAACACUGGCUGCUCUUCCAGAAGCCCUGAAUUCAAUUCCCAGCACCCUGGCAGCUCACAACUGUCUGUGGCUCCAGUUCCAGGGGAACUGACACUCAUGCAAACACCAGUGCACGUAAAAUAAAAAUAAAUAAAAUUUACCUUUUUUUUUUUCUUCGGUUUUUUGAGACAGGGUUUCUCUGUAGCUUUGGAGCCUGUCCUAAAACUCACUCUGUAGACCAUACUGACCCCGAACUCACAGAGAUCUGCCUGCCUCUGCCUCCCGAGUCCUGGGAUUAAAAUGGAUUUUAAAAAAAAAAGAAUAAAACCAAGGACGGGCAAGUGUGAUGGCUCACAGCGGUAAUCCCCGAAGGUGGAAAGCUUGCAUAGGGGUCCCCAUAAGAUCAAGGCAGCUCGGACUAGAGUGUGAAACUGUGCGCAGAAGGCUUGGGAAUAUGGCUCACUAGUAAAACACGUUUUACCUGCACAGGCCCUGUUGCCUGUAAUGCUGAUCCCAGAACCUGGAAGUCUGAGACAGGAGAAUUGCCUUUAGUUCAAGGCCGACCCAGGCUACCUAGUGAAAUCCUAUCUCAGGACACACACCAUGGGACAGUACUGUAGAUUCACACACAAAAGUUGUGUUACUAUAAAAUGCAUUACAAGUUUUUGGGAACGCCAGCGUCUGUUGGAACAGCUGUAGUUGAUAUAUAAGGGUCUCUGCUGAGUCAUAAGGGAAUAGACAACAUGAGAAGUAACUAUUUUAGGAGGUUUUUCUUAGAAUUCAAACUGGUGGUGCACACCAGUACUCCUAGCGCUCAGAGAGCUGGUGCAGGUAGAGAAGCUCCUUAGUGCCAGCCUGGGCUACGUGGCAAGACCCUGUCUCAAAAAAAUACUAUAACCUUGGUAAGUAAUUACGUCUAGGCCCUUGAAGGCUUGCAUCCCUUGGAUUUAUGCGCUGUACCUUCCAGACUGUCUUAGUUAGGGUUUCCAUUGCUGUGAAGAGACACCAUGGCUGCGGCAACUAUUAUUUGGGGUGGUUCACUUACACUUUCAGAGGUCCAGCCCAUUAGCAUCAUGAUGGGUAGCAUACAGACAGAAAUAAUGCUGGAGUAGUAGCUGAGAGUCCUGCAUCUUGCAGGCAGUAGGAAGUCAACUGAGAUGCUGGGCAGUAUCCUGAAAAUAGAAACCCUCAAAACCCACCUCCACGGUGACACGCUUCCACCAAAGCCAUACACCCUAACAGUGCCCCUCCCGAUGAGAUUAUGCGGUCCAAAUGCAUUCACACCACCACACAGACGGCCUAAAAAAUUAAAGAUCCUUCGCUUUUAGCAAAAUUGUCUCCUUUUCACUGUGCACUUACAUGCUUGCUUCAGUAGCAGCUGAGAGAGCAGCUUCCUUGUAUGUCUCCCGUCCCUUGAAUGUGGUCGUCAUCCCUGUGGCUUCAGUGCUCGCAUUUUCCCUUUUGCUUGUGUGUGCAUCGCUGGGAUGUGUUUGUAAUUUUAACGGACUUUUCUUUUCAGAUUUCAAACUAAAAUGUCCCCAUAAUUGCCUCACUGCCAUGUCUUUUCCCAAGAAAAUAUGGCAAGGCAGGCAUCUUUUCAGGAAUCUGAAUGUUUGGAAAAUGGGGGUACUUUCCAUAAGGUGGAACAGAAAGGUUGAAAGGCAGGAGUAGCUGGAGACAUCUGUGCCCCUUCCGGCCCCCUGGAAUGGUUUCUCUCCCACCUGCCAGUACCCGCAGCUGCUUAUGAAAUAAUCAUUUGGGGCCUUAAUAUUAAUUAUAAUUGCUUGGCCGAUGGCUCAGGGUUCUUACUGGCUAGCUCUACAUAUAAAUGAACCCAUUUCUAAUAAUCUGUGUAUCACCUCGUGCCCCAUGGCUUACUGGUAAU